AUGUCCAAUCAAGAAGGAGCCAGGGCUUAUGAGACCAUUGUGGAGAACGUGGUAAACGAAGUAAGAGAGGACUUCGAAAGUGCCGGUAUCGAUGAACAAACGCUACAGGAUCUGAAACUGGUAUGGCAAACAAAGCUUUCAGAGAGCCGCGUUGCGAAGUUUAUGUGGGAUCCUGAGGACGAGGGUGCGUUGGGCACAUCGCUGAAUAAUUCUAAUAUAGCACCAAGCCUCCUCGACUCGCAAGGACUGGCAAUACCUGCACUUUCGUCGGGCGAGGACAAAGCGCAGCAAUCGCAGUCGCAGCAGCAGCAAGCACAGCAGCAGCCGUUGAUGACACAGAGCAAGCACGAAGAACAGCCGAAACAAGAAAUUGAGCUAAGCAUGGAGGAUCCAGACGGCGAAAUUGCGGAGCAAUUAAAACUCCAGGCAAAACAAGCUAAGAAGAGUGCACUGCUUGACACGGAUGAGAUUAACUCGGACCUCGACGACUCGGAAGACGACUAUCUGAAUUCCUCGGGUGAGGAUGAGGGCCAGGACGAAAAUAUAGUGCUGUGCCUGUACGAAAAGGUACUAAGGGUGAAAAACAAGUGGAAGUGCAAUCUAAAAGAUGGCUUGGCUACUAUAAACCACAAGGACUACGCAUUUCAAAGGGCCCAAGGCGAAACGGAAUGGUGA